AUGUGUACCGAAUCGCGUACCGGAGAUUUCCUCCUUUGCUGCGUGUACAUAUGGAUCUUUGUUGUCGUUCCUUUCUUGACGCCCCCAGUCGCCACUCUCGGCCUUUCUCUCGUAGGAACCGGCGUCCUCGCUGCCGCAGGCCUUCCUCAUCUGAGCGCCGCCUCUAUUGCGUUUUCCAGCAUCCUCGGCGGCCUCCUAUUCUCCUCUACCAUCCUCAUUCUGUACAUCAUUCUACUCGCACGCUACGUUCGCCUCAUGCAACGAAUCUCCCCCUCGGGUCCGCCGAUCCCCAUGAUUGCGCUCAACAUUCUCGUUAUAUCGACCCCCUCCAUCUCCAUCGGCGCGUCGUUCCUCCUCGGCCUCCAGAACACCGGACAUUCCGUCGUGAAGGAGGAGCUGAGCGCACAGAGUGUGCUCAUCGCACUCGAAGCUGCCCUCAUUGGAUGCGGUGUGUUCCUCUGCGCGGUGAUCAUCGCCCACCUCGUGUCCUGCCUUUUUAUUCCCGUCCAGACGGUGCCGAGGUUCCUAUUCGUCAACUUCAUCGGCAGAAAGGAGCAGUGGAGGGUGUUUCUCCCGAGGCCUUUUGUGAGGCAGGAGGUUGCUGCCGUCCAACCAAUGCUGGAUGCCGCAAUGACUGGUGCGAAGGAGAGGGCGGUCUCCGGAGGGAGUUACCAAGUCUCGUUGUCGAAGACGCUUGCCUCGUCCGCUGAUACGGCUGUAUGA